CAAAGGAGGUGCAUGGAAAGCUGGGGGAGAAAACAAGAUCUUGAGCUGAGCAAGAACAUCCCAGCAUCUUCACUGACUUUAAAAAGUAUAUUUUGGAGUCUUCUGAGGUUCACUAAUCCAGGGCUACAGAGAUGGCCAACAGGGUUGACUGGCUACAAAGCCAAAAUGGAGUCUGCAAAGUUGAUCUCUAUUAGCCCGGAGAGGGCUAUUCCCAGGACUGGAAAAUGGGAUCAAACUCGGGUCCUUGUGCUUGCACAGCAGGCGGCAGAACCACUGAGCUAAACCCCCGGCCCCAAUAAAGGAAGCCCCAACAGAUCCUGUCAGAGUGCUCAGCUGGCUCUGAAGAAACCUGGAGAAGAGCACAGCAGAGUUCCAAGACGCUAGGUUCAAACCUGGAGAACCAUCCAUUGGUGAGGAAAUUGCCAACCCCGGAGACCCGCGCAAAGGCUUCUCUGUGGACUAUUACAACAACACCACCCAGGGCAGUCCAGGAAGAUUGCAUUUUGAGGUGACUCACAAAGAGAACCCUUCCCAGGCUGGUAAUGGGAGUUCAGUAGACAAAGUCUCCUUCUACACAAACCGCCUCACAAAUCUAGUCAUAGCCAUGGCCUGCAAGGAGAUUAAUGAGAAGAUCGAUGGCUCUGUAAAAAAGUGUAUCCACCAGUCAAUGUAUGUUGGAGAUGAACCCACACCCAAGAAAAGCCUGACCACAGUCGCAUCUGAGUUGGUGAAUGAAACAGUCUCUGCAUGUGUCAAGAACACUGACCCCGACAAGACCCCCGGCUCUGGAGACAGAGCCUCACAAUCACAGAGUCCCCCAAAUCUGAAAUACAGGAGCAUUGUAAAGAUCAAGGAGAGCACCAAGGAAAGCAAGUGUCCAGGUGACAAGCCCGCUUCUAAGAAGUCUUUCUUCCAUAAGGAAAUGAUUGAAUCUCAAAUUUUGGGAGAUGCCAAAGAGGGUGGGAGGUCCUUACCUGGGGAGAGAAAGCUAUUCCAAGGGAAGGAAAGGCCCAAUGACUUCACACCUUCUGUUAGUCAAGGGAUCAUGACCUAUGCCAAUAGUGUGGUGUCCGAUAUGGUGUCCAUCAUGAAGACACUGAAGAUCCAAAUGAAAGACACAACCAUCGCCACCAACCUGCUGAAGAGAGUCCUGAUCAAGCAUGCGAAAGAGGUUGUCUCAGAUCUCAUUGACUCCUUCAUGGCUAGCCUCCACAAUGUCACAGGAACCCUCAUGACAGACACAGACUUUGUCUCAGCUGUGAAAAGGAGUCUCUUCUCUCAUGGGAGUCAAAAGGCCACUGAUAUCAUGGACGCCAUGCUGAGGAAACUCUACAAUGUGGUGUUUGCCAAGAAAAUCCCUGAGACUAUCAGGAGAGCCAAGGACAAGUCCGAGAGUUAUUCCCUCAUCUCCAUGAAGGGAACAGGUGACCCUAAGUGCCGGAACAUGAACUUUUCAAUGAAAUCUGAAGCCAAAUUGAGAGAAAAGAUGUAUUCCACAUGCAAACCACAGAAGGAGAAGACAUGCAUGGAAACUCUAGGUGAACACAUCAUCAAAGAGGGACUGACCAUGUGGCAUAAAAGCUAUCAUAAAGAGUGUAAAUCUCCGGGUCCCAAGCAUGCAACAUCUGCAGCACCCAAGGAGCAGGACAGCCCUACACCAGACAUUCCCUUUGAAGAUCAGGAUCCUUGCAACCUCACCCCCACUCUGCACCAUCCAGAAGAUCUCGAGAGUUCCAUGUGUGAUUCAGACUCCUGGGCCAAGGACCUGCUUGUUUCUGCCCUACUUCUGAUCCAGUACCACUUGGCCCAGGGAGGAAGAAUGAAUGCACAGAGCUUCCUUGAAGCUGCUAGCACCACCAACUUCCCCCACAACAAGCCCUGUGCAGCUCCCAAUGAGUCCAACCUUAAGUAUCCUCAUAAGGGUUGUGACCAAGAGCAAUCAGGAAAGAAGGAUCUCAUGAGUGUUUUCUUCAACUUUAUCCAGAACUUACUUAGUGAGACCAUUUUCAAGAGUGACCAUACUUCCGAACACAAGGUGCAGGUUAAGGAAGAAGGUGGCAGCCAGUACGAAAGACCCGUGACCCCUUGUUCUGCCAAGCCAUGUGAGGACAGUGAGGCUGGAGGUCCCUUCUCUGAACUGACCAAGAUGUUCACCAGCCACGUAGAUGGCCACAUGAGUGGGCAGAUGGUGGAACAGCUCACGGACUCGGUGAUGAAGCUGUGUGUCAUCAUUGCCAAGUCCUGCGACUCUUCCAUGGUAGAGCUGGGAGAUGAUAAGUGUGCGGAUGCCAGCAGGUCAGGUUCAGCCCUCCCAGAGAGCUUAUAUGAAUGCUUACCAGUGAAGGGCACAGGGACAGCAGAGGCUGUCCUGCAGAACGCCUACCAGAACAUCCACAGCGAGCUGAGGGGUUUGUCGGGACAGCUGCCUGAAGGGUGUGCGGCCCCCAAGGUGAUUGUCAGCAACCAUAACCUAACAGACACCAUCCAGAACAAGCAGCUGCAAGCUGUCCUGCAGUGGAUAGCGGCCUCUGAACUCAAUGUCCCGAUUUUGUAUUUUGCUGGUGAUGAUGAUGAGGGGAUCCAGGAGAAGCUGCUGCAGCUCUCGGCGGCCGCCGUGGAAAAGGGCCGCAGCGUCGGGGAGGUUCUGCGGUUGGUGCUGCGCUACGAGAAGGAGCGGCAGCUGGACGAGGCUGUGGGGAACGUGACGCGGAUGCAGCUGCUAGACUGGCUGAUGGCGAACCUGUGAAGGCGUCAGGCCGGGCCUCACAUGCCGGGCCGGGCCUCGCCGUCGGCGCAGCCCCUCCCGCUGCCCUCCCCCGACAUCUGCCAGUCGCUGACUCUGGAGAUUUUCCUGUCCAUGAGAGCAAGGACAUAAAUUAAAAAUCACAGUGA